CGCGCAGAGCCGCCGUUUAGUAAAGAUGUGUUGUGUCGUUCAUCAUUUAUUUUAGUGAAAGAAAACGGAGAGAAAUUAAGGCUGCAGUGUAUCUUAACGUCAUUUACAUCCGUCACCUGUGCCUUAACAAUAUUUCCAGGCUAAUUAAGCGGCUGACAAAUGAACGCACAUCAUGACAUCUCGUAAAAACUUGACCGUUAUAUUAGCGAUAAUAUUUGGAAUUUUCACAAUUAACAUACAUGCUAGAUCUUGGGAUUUAGCAGUAUUGAUAGGGCGUGAAAUUGAAUUUCUUGCGCAAAAUCAAACAUUAAUAGCGCAAGCAAAAUUUAUGGAUGCUGUGGCUCUAUCGGGGGUGGCUUAUGAUGAAAAUACUCGAACAAUGUUUCUCAGCGAUUUGAGAAAUAAGAAUAACAUGUCCAUAUUUAGUAAUGAUCUGACGGACAAGAAUUUUACGUUAAAACCGUUACAUAAAAAUCGAAAUAAGAGUCUCAUCUUGACACUUGCCUUUGAUGUAGAAACGCAAACUCUAUUUUGGAGUGAUAUUCUACAAGAAGUGAUUAUGAAGAUGCAUAUAUUACCAGAUGGAUCACUGGAAGAAGCAAAGGUGCUCCACAAUUUAACUAGCUUAAAUCCGUGUGGUAUCGCUCUGGAUGUAUGUAACAGGCACAUAUACUGGACAAAUAAUAAUAAUUCAUAUUCAAGUAUCGAACGGUCAAAUUUAGACGGAAGUAAUCAAACAACCAUAAUCAACGAAAAUUUGUAUGAUCCGCUAGCUAUCGCUAUAGAUCAUAUCAACGAGAAACUUUAUUGGAUCGACGAUAUUGAAGGCAUACGAAUUAAAAUCGAGCGUAGUAAUCUCGAUGGUUCUGAACGUGAAUAUUUGAUUCAACCUAAACGUCAUCAACCAGUUCAUUUGGCAUUAGAUAAUGAUUCGAUAUAUUGGAACGAUAUCACGGAAAGAGCUAUUUGGAGAAUGCCAAAAGAUGGGAAAAAUGAAAGUUCAAUGAUUAAGUUUCGUUCGUAUCAUGAGUCGCAUCCUGGUAUUGCACCAAGUGGGAUUUUAACGCGUGAUAAUGUUGGCAAAAUAGAUUGCAAAAAAAGAUCAAAAAUUAGUACGACGAUCACAAUACCGCUUCGUGAAUCAUCUAAUAAUUUGACAACUAGUACAGAAGAAAUGAACGAAAUAAUUACUGAAACAAUCAAAUACUGUCUGAAUAAUGGUCUUAUGAACGAAAAAGAAGGAACAUGUCAAUGUAAAUCUGGAUUCACUGGAGCACAUUGCGAGACGGAUUUUUGUCAUAAUUAUUGUUUACAAGGCAGCUGCAGUAUAAACAUUAAUGGGUUACCCAUCUGUAAGUGCAAUAGUACAUUUAUUGGACCAAGAUGUGAAAUAGAUCCAUGCAAAGACUAUUGUUUGCAUGAUGGUCAAUGUUCCGUCCUAAAUGAGAAACCAGUUUGUAAGUGUAAAUAUUCUGAAGGAUCUCGUUGUGAGAUUUUAAACAAUGUAAUUGAAUUUUGUGAAAUAUUUUGUGCAAACAUGGAACCAGUUCCUACUAGCGUUUCUCUUAACGCUAAGUGCAGAUGUGCUGAAAGAAAUGAAAAAGGUGCACAAUUAGUGACAGUUAAAGAAGAAGAAGACGAAUAUAGAACAUUAUUACCAAUUUUUGGUGCAUUCAUUGGCAUACUUGCUCUCGUGAUAAUCGUACUUAGUUAUUAUGUAAAUAAGUUUCGAAAACGACCACGUAUCAAAAAACGUUUCGUCGUCAGCAAAGGCGGUGUGACGCCGCUCACGUCUCGACCACAGCUGCCGGAUAAUCAAUGUGAAAUAACCAUAGAAAACUGCUGCAACAUGAAUAUCUGUGAAACUCCAUGUUUCGAACCAAAAUUAUGUGCAACGGCGCCGGGAACAAAUGGUUCUAAGAAAGAAGAAAAAAAUUCUUUGCUCGAUAAUAUGGAAGAAAAUUCAUGGUAGCAUAAACUAAUAACUCGACGUAUUGAUUGGCGAAGAUUUUGUGGAGUUAAUAAAAAAUUUAUGGAAAGUUUAACUUCGCAGAACUACACGUCUGUACAUACCGCAGAACGUUGUAAUAUUAUUGUUAUAUUUAAUAACAAUGCUUAUGAGAUACAAGAACAUCAUGAUGAUGAUACAGUCAAAAGAAGAAAGCCAAAGGUCUUUUUCGAAGACUCUUAAUUUUUAUUACAUUAAAUAAUAUGUAGGGCUGUGUUCAUAUAAAGAUGAUUUCAUCUAAUUAUUAAAAGAAUUAUCAAUUUUUUUUAAAAA